GGAUCAGAUAUGGAUGAAUAAAGCCUAUAUAUAUAAAGAGGGGAGAAUACCUUUCUUCUUCUUCUUGUUCUUGUUCUUUGAUGCAUUGCUUUAUUUUACUCUUGUUUGCCUUGUUUUGUACUACUGCUCAGACUAUUUCCUUCAUUAUAGAAUACAGGCAAGAAGACUACCUUGUCAUUCAACACUAUAUAAAUGCACAACAGUAUCAAGUUCAUCAUAUAUUUAAUUCCACCUUAUUGUAUGGCAUGUCUUUUAGCCUAAAGGACAAUAGACAGACUGUAUCUCAUCCUGCAAUACAAAAGAUCUAUCCAGUCUCGGAAAUACCAAGACCACAAUGGAGAUCAGAUAAUCAAACUACAACUAUUCCCUUUGUCAAUAAAGAUACACAAAUCUAUGAUGUCUAUAGAGAACUCAAUAUAACAGGCCAAGGUAUACUGAUAGGUGUUCUUGAUUCAGGUAUCGAUUAUCAUCAUACUGCAUUUGGGCAGAAAAUCAAAGUAGGCAAAAAUUUGGUGCCGCCUUCAACUGACUUGAAGUUUGGCUUGACACCAUUGGGUGAGGAUGAUCCAUUUGAUCCUUGUACGACAGGUGAUGCGGGCCAUGGUACACAUGUAGCAGGUAUCAUUGCUGGCUAUGAUCCUGAAAAGAAUUUCAGAGGAAUUGCCCCCGAUGCAAGUCUGGGAAUUUAUCGCAUAUUCAGUUGCGCAGGAGGAGCCACAGAAGAUACAGUGAUUAAGGCAAUGGAAAUGGCAUACAAAGCUGGAUGUAAAAUCAUCAAUCUUAGUUUGGGUGUGGAGAAUGGUUGGUCUGAAGAUGCAAUGGCUGUGGUAGCUGAAAGAUUAUCCAAUGAAGGAGUGAUAGUGAUCGGUGUGGCAGGAAAUCAAGGGGAAAAAGGUGUGUAUUCUCAAAACUCACCUGCUACUGCCAAAGAUGUAGUGGCUGCUGCCUCUAUUGAAAACUCCUUUUAUCUCACAGAUGUGAUAAAUCUCAAUAUAUUUGAAAAGGAGAGUUUCUUCUAUGUCAAGUCUUCAAACACAACGACGUUUCCUGAUGGUAUUUUAGCACCUGUAUUAAACAACCAAACGGCUCUUACUGGCUGCCAAAAUGAAAACAUCCAUAGUCUAGACAACAUCAAGGGCAACAUCAUGUUGGUCCAGCGUGGUCAUUGUACGUUUGAUGAAAAACUAGCGACAGCAAAAAAAGUAGGUGCGACUGGCCUACUUUAUUAUGAUCCAGAUACCAGUGCUCAAUCGAUUGUGUUUGCAAAGACAUCUAAUGAUUCUCUUCCCUGUGCUGGUAUUGAAUUCACAUUAGCCCAACGUAUCAUCGAGUAUUUUAAGCACAAUACAAAGCCUGUGCAUGUAGUAUUUCCUAUGGAUCCUCAAGUGAUCUUUCCUAAUAUAGCAGGCCAAAUAUCCAGAUUUUCUAGUACUGGACCUUCUUAUGAAUUGGAAUUAAAGCCUACCAUUACUGGUAUUGGAGGUGGUGUCUAUUCAACCUUACCCUUGCAUAUCUCUGAUGGCUGGGGAAUCCGAUCAGGUACUUCCAUGGCUGCUCCUCAUGUCUCAGGCACAGUUGCUUUGUUGAUAGAUUAUUAUUCAAAAAGGGGCAUGAAUGUCACAUCGACCUACAUUAUGGAGCAGUUGCAGAACCAUGCCAAAGUGAUCAAAUCAACCAAGGAUAUUCCUGAACAUCCUGUUAUUCAAGGAGCUGGUUUUAUACAACCAUUGGACGCAAUUCACAGCAAAUUACACGUAUCGCCUGCACAUAUCAGCUUUAAUGAUACUGCUUCACUGACAGAGUACAAAACACAUAGGCUACAACUUACAAAUACUUAUUCACGGACUAUCGCUGUUUCUUUAGACAACAUGCCAUCGCAAUCCAUUCAGCCUUAUGCUAACCUAUCUUCAUUUACACCACUUGAACCCGUCAUGAGAAACGGAAGUAUAACAGUCAAUCUGGAGUUCUCAACACCCAAAAUAACCAUACCUUCUGGAUCCACAGCGACAGUGGAUGUCAAGGUGAUUUUACCGACUGCCUUAUCUCAUUAUCAUUAUCACAUGUAUGGCGGCUAUAUAGCUAUAAAGCACAACCUAGAUGACUAUUCAACAACAGUACCUUAUUUUGGUGUGCUGGGUAACAUGACGGAUUUACCUGUGUUUGAUAAAGGAUUCCCUUAUCUUACAUCCUCCACCAAUGCAACCAUACGUCCUACAGAUCCACAAGCCACUUUUCAUUAUUAUCGUUCAACCAAAUCAAGACCAACCAUUGUUGUGCGACUACUCUCAGGUUGUGCACGACUUGAGGUGAAACUCUAUGACGCUAAGCAGCGAUCUUUUGUGGGUGAUAUCACAGGCAGCCCUUGGACCUAUAAUCAGCGCAAUACAUUGGCCAAUGAGAAAUACUCGAGUGCCAUUGAAUGGGAUGGCAAGAUUUCAGGCCAAACACAUCCUGUGGCGGAUGGCACCUAUUUUUUCCAUAUACGUGCAUUAAAGCAUUUCGGUCAUACAGACAACCUGAAACAUUGGGAAGAAUGGACAUCUGCAGCCAUUGUAGUAAACAAUAAAAAAGAGUUAUUUAUUAUUUAGAUCAACACUGAAUGCACUGACAAUAACAAUAAAAAAAACCAAAACAAAACAAAAAA